AGAUCAGACCCUAAUUUUUUUGUACCACGCAAUGUUCCAGGUGCACAACCUUCACUUGAAGGUACAGGAUGGAAUAAAGAGAAGCAUGAACAAGCACGGAUAGCAGCUUCAAACUUUUGGUUUUACAAUAAUCUAUCUUUCAAUGCAGCAAACAAUGUGUAUUGGGAAAGUUUUGUUAAUGCAUGUACAGUGGCGGGUAAGGGGUUUAAGGCCCCAACAGGUCAUGACUUCAGUGGGCCAUUGCUAGAGAAAGCUGUGAAAAAUACAGAAGGUGUGGUUGAUGAUCAAAAAAGGUAUUGGAAGAGAAAAGGAUGCAGCAUUUUAUCUGAUGGAUGGACAGAUGGACGGAAUAGGACUCUUCUCAACUUCUUGGUGGCUUCAAAUGGUGCAAUGGUAUUCAUAAAGUCUGUUGAUGCCUCAAAUGAAAUAAAAAAUGCAGAGACUUUGUGUAAUCUGUUGGAUGGUGUGGUUCGAGAAGUUGGAGUUGAGAAUGUUGUCCAAAUUAUCACGGACAACGCAGCUGCAUAUGUAUCUGCAGGUAGAAUGCUUAUGCAGAGGCAUCCUUCUAUUACAUGGAGUCCUUGUGCUGCACAUUGCUUGGACUUGGUGCUAGAGGACAUUGGGAAGAUUGGAUGGGUGAAGAAGGUGGUUGAAGAUGCAAAAAGUGUCACCAAAUUCAUCUACAACCAUACUUGGGUGCUUGCUUUGAUGAGAAAAUACACAAAUGGCAAGGACCUUGUGCGACCUGGAGUGACACGAUUUGCUAGCCACUUCAUCACUUUGCAGAGCAUUCUUAGUGCCAUUCCUCAUCUUAAGCAGAUGUUUGUGUCAGAUGCUUGGUUGGGGUCUGCAUACUCCAAAAGACCUGAAGCAGAGAAGAUUGUGACCAUUGUUUUUGAUGAUGGGUUCAAUAAAAGUGGAGAGGAGUUGACUGCGGUGACAGAACCUUUGGUGAGGGUUCUUCGUAUGGUGGAUGGAGAGGGCAUGCCAAUGGGUUUCAUUUAUGAGGCCAUGGAUAGGGCCAAAGAGGCCAUUUCACAUUACUAUCGUGGAAAUGCAAGAAAAUGUGAAAUCUUUUGGCGCAUCAUUGAUCGUAGGUGGACAAACCAACUCCACCAACCGAUACAUGCCUUCGCCUACUUUUUGAACCCGAAAUUCUACUUCUCUGAUUCAUUUAGGGCUGAUGAGGAGGUCAUGGCAGGUGUUAUUACAUGCAUUGAUAAGAUGACACCUGAUCCUGAGUUGAGAGACAAGGUUCUUGAUGAGUUGGAGAUCUACAAAAGUGCAGAGGGGAGACUCUUCUCAUCACAACUAGCAAUUGAUAGGAGAGGAAAACAACAACCAGAUUUAUGGUGGGAGAAUUAUGGUGCCGGCACGCCUAAUCUUCAAAAGAUAGCUAUCCGUGUUUUGUCUCAGCCAUGCAGUGCUUCUGGGUGUGAACGAAAUUGGAGUGUCUUUGAAAGCAUUCACACAAAGAAGAGAAAUAGAUUGUCACAAAAGCGGCUCAAUGAUCUAGUAUUUGUUCGGUACAACCUUCGCCUUCGAGUUAGACAGGUGGAGGGUGUUUCACAUGAGGCCAUUGACUUGGAUGAAAUUGAUCCAUAUGGUGAUUGGACCAUGAAUGAACAAAAUGAUGGUGAUGAUGUCCUCCUUACCGAAGAAGAAAUUACAGAAAUAGAGAGAGGAGCAGCACAAGAUGCAGAAAGAUCUAUUUGUGGCAGGAUCAGGCUAGCAAACAAUGGAGAGUCAACAUGCACAAUCGCUUCUAAAUCUGGAAAGUUGAAAGCAGACAGGAAAUUUCGCCUCUCCAUGGACAUGGCCAAAAUGCGCCCAGGUCAGGUCUGGGGCGCCAAAACCAAGGAUGAAUUCACAAGUACAAUUUUCCGCCUCUACAUGGACAUGUGCAAAAUACGCCCAAGUCAGGUCUGGGGCGCUGAAAUCAAGAAGACACUCACAAGUACAAUUUUCUGCCUCUCCAUGGACAUGUGCAAAAUGCGCCCAGGUCAGGUUUGGGGCACUGAAAUCAAGAAGACAUUCACAAGUACAAUUUUCCGCCUCUCCAUGGACAUGUGCAAAAUGCACCCAGGUCUUGACUGGGGCGCUGAAAUCCAGAAGACAUUCACAAGUGGAAUUUUCCACCUCUCCAUGGACAUGUGCAAAAUGCGCCCAAGUCAGGUCUGGGGCGCUGAAACCAAGGAUGAAUUCACAAGUGCAAUAUUCCGCCUCUCCAUGAACAGAGCCAAAAUGCGCCCAGGUCUAGUCUGGGGCCUGAAUCCAUGA